GAAAACAGGAUGGUUUCCGUCUCGACAACCUUCUUUCCCGGCUCCCAGACACACAUAUCCCCUCCGGACCUCAUCAUCAUCUCCUCCGACUCCAUUUUCUUCUACGUCGAGUCGACCAUCUUACUCAACGCCUCAUCCAACGCGUUUGGUGGUCUUUUCCCACUAUCCGCAGGACAUCAAAGUAGCGAUGCCGGCCCGAUUGUGGUGGUCCCAGAACACUCCGCUGUCCUCGAUGUCAUCCUUCACACCGUUUACGACAUGUCAUGCUCUCAUCAUUCCCCCUCGUUCGACUCGCUAUCAGCUGGUGUAACAGCAUUCUCCAAGUACGGCUUGUCUAUUCCCAGGUACAUCGCUCCUUCGACCCCGUUAUACUCCCUCCUCCUUUCACAUGCACCCCUGCGCCCGCUCGAUCUGUACGCUCUGGCAGCACAGUACGACCUCCACGAUCUAGCCGCUCCCACCUCGUCGCACCUUCUUUCCUUGUCUCUUCCGUCUCUUAGCGACGAUGUGGCAGACCGGAUUGGCUCGCGAUACCUUAAGCGCCUGUUCUUCCUGCACCUCGGACGCACCGACGCAUUGAAGCGCAUCCUCCUGCAACCCCCGCAUCCGCACGCGCCAACGCUAACGUGUAGCUUUGAAGAUCAAGGUCGAGUCUCGCGAGCGUGGGCGCUUGCGUCUGCAUACCUCGCUUGGGACGCGAGACCAGAUCUAUCGAUGGUUGCGUUGCAGGCAGCUCUGGCGCCGUUGGGCGAGAAGGUGCGGUGCAGCCUGUGUCGUGAGGGGCUCCAGGAGCGGCUAAAGAAUGUCAUUACGGAGUGGUCUAUCGUUAAAAGGACAAUCUGAACAUCUUAAAUUCAUUCAUCGAAACCGAUAUCCAACCCUCUACUAGUGAAUUCUUCUGUAAAGUUGAGUACCCCUGAUACACGACGAUGCGCAAUAUCAGCUCGCGCCAUCUUAUUUUCGCUGUGUUUUUUCUUCUUUCUAUAUUUUUCAUCAACUGUUGUACCGCUGACCCACCCUCUGUUCCAACAUAACACACGCAUUUUCCCAGAUAUGUGUAUUUCUCGAUACCAUCUUGAUUACCAUUGAUUCCCGACUUGCGACGCAAGUUAAGCGCUUUCCUGACCUUCUCUGUACUAUCACAGCACCGACCCUGUUCCACGUGUACUCAUAGUCUCAUAUAUGUCACUACCCAGACCAUCUUCGACGCUUACAUAUAUAAUGUAUAUGUUAACGUUGACCGCAACUUGAUGUCGCUUCUAAC